CAAAUUCAAGAUGGAUGGAAUCACGACCAGCGCGGAGAAAUCUACACAACACUGAACAAAGUCCCGGCUACGUGGAGGAAAGAGCGUAUUCACGACGGGCAGGCCAUGGAGAGCCUAGUGCAUUACAGUAACCCCUCCCACGCCCUGUCAUUGCUGGGGGCUCUGAAUGAGCAGCGACUGCGGGGACAAGCGUGUGAUGUGGUCCUGGUUGUGGGAGACCAAAGGUACCAGGCCCAUAAGAGUGUUCUGGCUGCCAGCAGUGAGUAUUUCCAGUCCCUUUUCUCACGGAUGGACGCAGACUCGCUGACAGUUGUAAACCUGGACUUCUGUGAGCCGGACGCCUUUGAGAUAGUUUUGAAUUACAUUUACUCCUCCUCACUCUUUGUGGACAAAGGCAGCCUGGCAGCCAUUCAAGAGCUGGGAUACAGCCUCGGAAUCCCUUUCCUCACCAACAUUGUGUCAACAAGGCCACAUGCAUCCUACUGUGUGUCUAGAAAAAGGCUUUCGUUCUCAGAGGGGGAUGAGAAUGAUGUCCACACAAGGAGCGUCAUUGUGCGUCGGGUCCGGAAUGACACGGCCCAUCCCUCUCGCUCGAGUUAUCCGAGAAAAACAUCUGAGAGAUCGACAUCUCCCCACUCUGCUCAUGGGUCCACUCGGCCUCCGUCGGAACACAACUCGUAUGAAUCGGUCAGAAACUCUGAGUCCAGCAGGAAGUCCCCUGACCGGGGUGAAGCUUUGGAGAGGACGUAUGCCUCCAUAUUGAAAGGGAAUUCAUCACACUUCACACCCGUGAGACCCCAGCUGACAUCAUCAGUGUCUUUCAGUGAUGCUGAAGUGCAGCACAUCAGGCUGCCAUCUGGCCCUGACCAGGACAAUAAAGAGGAGAAUGAGGAGCAGGAGUCCCGCUACAAUACCAAAGUGCCCUUUCAGGGUCAGGCUAGUGAGCCAAGCCAGACCAUUGACAGGAGUGGGCCACUUAUAAAAAGCCUACUCAGGAGGUCAUUAUCCAUGGACAGCCCCGUUCCAGUCUUCUCCCCCACGCUGGAGCUCAAGGAGCUGCAAAAUCGAGACCAGUCAGUUGUACAGAUGGCACUGAAGACGUCUGUGCCAGAAACCUCUGCCCACAACGGCGACUCAAAAAGAACGUCUCCUCUGGUUCUCAGGUCAAAGUAUACCGGCAGGUAUGAUAGAGAAACUCAGGUAGAAGGAGAGGUGAGUGUGAAAGCUGAGCCCAGCAGUCCACUUGCUGACCCCAUGGACAUCGUACGCAUUACAGUUGGUGAUUCUUUGCCAGUCAGUCUCAAAGACUUUCAAACUAAUUAUGAUCAAGGUCCCAGGGAAGUCUUAAAUCCUGUGGGGAAAAGAAGGGACAGGCCAGACAACAGACGGUACCCAUUAAAGAAGAGCAAACUAUUUAAAGAGCAUGCGCUCUCAGUUAACGUGAAUAUGUCAAAAGCAGUACCUCAGCAUGCCAGCGGUGACCCUAAUGAGGACGGCGAGGAGUCACCUCAGAACAAGAUUUUCAAAUGCUGGAAUUGUUUAAAGGUUUUCCGGUCAGGUGCUGGACUUCAUCGUCAUGUAAAUAUGUAUCACAAUCCGGAAAAGCCGUAUGCUUGCGACAUCUGCCACAAGCGCUUUCAUACCAACUUCAAAGUGUGGACGCACUGCCAAACUCAGCAUGGUGUAGUACAAAACCCAGCGUCGUCCGCCAGCUCCUCUGUUCUUGAUGAGAAAUUUCAAAAGAAGCUAAUAGAUAUUGUGAGAGAGAGAGAAAUAAAGAAAGCUUUGCUUUGGAAGUUAAAGAGGAAUAAGCAGGGUUUGCAGUCUCCUGCAAUUACAAAAAAGAGAUCGAGGCCCAGCUACAUAUGCCCAUACUGUGGCAAGACAUUUGUGUUCCAGUCUCAGUACAGACAGCAUUUAAGGACACAUCCUGCUGAAAAAGCUGACCAGGACACAGCGAGGGAGAGCAUCCUCUACCAGGAACAGGAUGAGAUCAUUCAACAGAAGAACCCUGACACCGGUGUUUACUCCUGUAGACUUUGCAAUAUGAAGCUGUCAUCGCUCCUGGAACAGGGUGACCACGAGAGAGGCUGUCGCCAUGCAACCGUGUGCCCCUAUUGUGGCCUCAGAUUCUCAAGUCCAGUUGUCAAGAAAGACCACGAGGCACAUUGUAAGUACAAGAAACUGACAUGCCUGGAAUGCAUGCGCACCUUCAAAUCCUCCUUCAGCAUUUGGCGCCAUCAGGUGGAGGUGCACAACCACAAUAUGAUGACUGUUAAAGACCACAUUCUCCUGAAGCAACAAGAGAACAAUGAAGAGGAGUCUGAAAUGCUCAAGGAGGAGCAUUACAGUGAUGAGCCUCUAACAAGCGAGAGCACAAGAGAGAACAUCAGUUACAGUGAUUCCUCAGGUCCACCUAUGUAUGACUCUGAAGACUCUUCAUCCUAUGUGCCUGAAGACCUGAGCAUGGGCCACCAUGGCAAGCUGGUAGUGAAGGAAGAGCCGUUAGAGGAGCCUGUGAGUGAGCGGGACAACCCCGAUGCUGCCAAAAGUGGCUCCGAAGAACCCGGUGUGUGGCCGUGCGAGAAAUGCGGAAAUCUUUUCAGCUCUCGCAAAGACUUGGAACGACACCAGGAGCUGCUAUGCCACAUCAAACCAUUCAUCUGUCACAUCUGCAACAAAGCCUUCAGGACCAACUUCCGCCUUUGGAGCCACUUCCAGUCUCACAUGUCGACUGCUAACGAACCCGGAGCCAAAGAGAUCGACAGAAACCCCUCACCUCUGAGCCCUUCCCCUCCACUUACCCCUUCAGAACGUCCCUCCCCACAGGCCUCUGUGCUCAUAUCUACUCAGGCGGCACCGGUCCCUGCUGCUACUGCUGCUGCAACCGCAGGGACCGACGAGUCCAGCAGCCCAGAUCCCUGCAGCUCAUUGGUAAGCAAGACCAAGAGGCCCGAACUGGAACGGCAAACCAGCAGCCAAAGCCCCCUGUCAAGGUCAAACAGCAUGGAGAAUCCAGGCGGCCCUCAGGAAUCGGACACACUCUUUUACCACGCACCGUCUCUCUCUGCCCUGACAUUUAAGAGGCAGUACAUGUGCAAACUCUGCCACAGGACCUUCAAGACGGCCUUCAGUCUGUGGAGCCACGAGCAGAGUCACAGUCACAUGUAAGAUUCAGAUGGCCGAUAGCAGUGAGUUUUUUUCUCGGGAGACAAUACUUACUAUAAGAAUAAACACACCUCAGCCUACAAACAAAAGACUUUGAAUGUAUAGCUUAUUCGCUUGCCUCCAAUGUCAUAUAUUGAAGUGGCCAUGUUUAUUUAGACGCGUAAACGUGAAUGUGCAAUCAAGUGCUAGAUUCCUCUGUGAGAAGAGAUGACUAUAAUUUUUUUUUUCUUGCAAAAUGAUCUAUAUGAAUUUAUCUGUUUCAGACCUCUUUUGGUUGUCUAGUUGUAUUUACCUAUCUAGUCGUUUUAAGAAACAAGGUAAAGAGUUGCACCCCUCAAUGUUUUCGACUUGAAGGUAGAGAAAAAGGCGGGACAAGUGUUUACGUUGUUCUCUCCGAGUGUGGUGGAAAAAGUGCUUUAAAAUUUUGGAGGCUGCGGUUCAUUUAAAGAUUAGAGCUUUCGCUUUUUGUACAAACAUGUGAUUGACAUCCCUUAAGAUAUUAUUGGUGGCCUCAACAAUGUAUUCAAUAUGCACUUUUUUGAUUCUGGUAGGAAGAUAUAAUCCUCAGUGAUUACUCUGGAUCAGUAUGUUUCCCUAACCGAGUUUUUAGGCUGCAGGAGUAAAAGUGACAACAAAAAGCAUCUAUAACUUCUUUUUUUUUCUUUUCAUGCAUAGCACUCAUUUGUUCUUACGUUUGAGGCUCAUAUUGAAUUCACAUCAACUCAUUUCAUGGAAAAAUUCAAUGAGACAGUCUGUAUAAGAAAGCUAUACCACAUACAGUCUUCAUUCAGUACCCACAAACACAGUAUCUUCCUAAUGAUUAGCCUGCUGUGAAACAAUGCAAUCAGCCGGAAGAUUACAGAAAAAAUAUUUAUUUUGUGAAGUUAAAUGACUAUAACGUCGCUAAAUUAUGUGGAAAAAGGUGCUCAGACCAGUGCACUAGUAGCCAUGCAGGCUGUCACUGAAAAACAGUGGGCUGGGUUGAUCUCAUAAAGUCCUAAAUACGAGACAUCCUUGCAGUAUUUGGCUUAUAAUAAUAUUAAAUAUUUCCUGUGAGUAAGCUUUCAGAAGCUUUCACAUCAAAUGCACUGCAGUAUAAUAAUAUAAUUUACGGUUUUGAUGAAACGAUAAAUAAGAACCUCUAAAAGUAGUUUGUUUAUAUGAAAUGUUGUCACAGUGUCUCAAUCGCUCAAAUCUGCCAGCUGCGUACGGCACCAGUGUUGUGUAAAUACACUGAUAGAAUUUUUUGCAAUUGAACACAUUGGACUAUUAAGUGAGCUUUACAGCGCUUCGAUGGCCUUAUGCAACUUUACAAAACUAUUUUGUUAUUUUACGUGAAAGCACAACAGCUUCAGACCACUUAUGACUCAGGCAUUUCAAGGUGGCGGCGUCAACGGGAGGGAAAGCAACGAGACGGCAAAUCUUUAUUCUACGAACGGUCACAGAGUGUUCCUGCUUCCUGAAGAUUUCUUGGAAAAGUAAUGAUUGUGUUUUGAUUGUAUUCCGGUUGUUUUACAAAUGUAUUCUUGUACAAGUAUAUACUUCUGCUUCGGCUUGAUAGUUUAGAACUUUGUCAUAAAUUAUUAUUGCUGUUUGGGAGACUGACAGACAGAACUCCACAUGGACUAAUGGACUUAGUUUUCCACUAAAUGAUUAAUGCAAGCUGCAUUGUGAUGUUAAAUUCUUUGCGGAAAUUCUGUAUUGAUAAUAGUGCUCUUAAUUUCUUGUGAGAAAGACUUUCUGAAAGUUUCACAGGAAUGCUUAUAGACUUGUGUACAUGGAAGUGUUUGUAUUCUUGAUUUUUGUACCGAUUUUGUUAGUAAACAAGAGUUUGAUCUUUUUAGUAUUCCUGUGCUCUCACUGCAAUAAUGAAUAUUUGUAUCAACAUUGGUUGCAUUGCUGUUGCUUUUUGAGACUUGCAGCUGUUUUGUGUUUAGGUUUUUCUACAGUUUUGUGCUUCACUUCUGUAAUAAAGAGUAACA